UCUCUAAUUAAUGUUUACGUAUCUAACGCAGAUGGGCAUUGCUCCCGCCCUAAUGAUACACUCGGACCUUUGGAGCUGAACCCUCCAGGCUGUCAGCAGCAUGUUCAAGAAACGCUUCAGUACUGGCAUAGGAUAAAAUGUGGCAAUGAGACACCUACAUCUAUUGACAAAAUCUGUUGUAGCUAUUGGUGUGAGCAGUUGACUUCUUGUUUCAGUCAGGAGCGUUCUUGGAAAGAAGACUGUGUUAGAAUGUGGAGGUGCAGGAAAAAUGAAAAACCUCGCGAACAGUUUUCUAUUAUAUUGACAAAUAAAACAGACUCGUCGUAUUUGGGCAGAAUAAAAGUGAAACAGUGCUGGGCGAGGAAACCGAAAUUUCCUGCCAUUAAGCUAACACCAUCAAGCGAAGUACGUGUAUUUUAUUUUCUUGUAACAUUUUUGGUGCCUAUUGUCAUUGGUCCUUUCAUUUCACCCCAUAGAGUGUAGAAACCAAUCCCCCUCCUAGCCCCAGUUCGCGCAACUAUCGAUAGAAAUUCCACGUUCGCGCGGAUCAUACAAAUGAGAGAUGUGAGUUCGAGUUGGAAUGUUAUGGCGAGUAAGUUCUUUCUUAUGUGGUUGAUAUUUCCUAUUUUAUUCGUAUUUCCUACGUAAUUUCCAGUCUUGUAAUCAGUUGUUCCAUUCCUAAUGUAUUGUGUUCGUAAUACUUUCCUUAGAAACCACUUGCAAUGACCUGUAGAUAGAAGCCUUCGACGUCAAGAAAUUAAACUCCUCUCAAGUGUAUUGCUGGUGCCUUGAUUAAAGAAAGCUUUUCCUCAGACUAUGUAACCCAUGAAUUUAUCAAUUCCUUUAAGAGUUAGGCUACUGAAGGUUAUGUUUAAACCAACUAAUGAUACCUUAUUAAGACUUUUUUUCGCCUUAUCAGUUUUCAAACAAGAAACUUGUUGACACUAUCCUAAAAGAAGUGAUCGGCUCUUCUGACAUUAACAUAAAUCAAGAAAAGAUGGAACGCACUUUCCUCGCUGUCACUGAUUUGGAGGAGUUCAUUGGGAAUUAUGCUCAAAGUCACCUUAAUCAAACCGUACCUAAGAUUGACAUCCGUAGUGAACAUGCAGGUGAGUAGAUCUUAAAAGUUUAUUUGGAAGUUUUCUUGCUUUCUCAUUAGGAGUUCAGGAUGAAUACAUGCAUAAUUCGUGGCAGAUUUUAGAAACACUUGCUAACGCUACCACUUUUUCGACGUUUUGGGUAUAAGCUUUGUCUGUAACAACUCUCCAUCCAAUCAUUUUCGCGACACAUGAGACGUGUUAGACCUGUUUUAAGGCAGUUUAUAGGAGCGAAUUCCUAUGGCUCAGCAGUUGUCUUCAAUUCCAAGAAUUCUCUCUAUUUUAUAUAUGUUCUUCAAUAUCGUCAAAGCUAUGAAUAAGUUAUAAAGGAGUGAAAAAAAUGAAUAAAUUAAUUAAGAAAAUAAAAAUAAGAAACCAUUCGAAUUCACUGCAGUGAUAUGUUUUUUUUUUAAUUUAAAAAUGGUUACCAGCACUUUAUCUGACAAUUGAACAGAGAACGCUCCUUUGACUGGUGAUCCUUGCAAACUACUUGCAUUUACUACUUCUAAGUAAUGGUUCUUCAGCCUUUUAGUCCUAAAACUCUUGAGGACGAUAACUUGUGACUACUAUGAAAGCAUCCGUAUUCAUUUUUUACCUCACUUAAAAUAAGUCGCUGUUUUGAAACUAGAUAUUUUGGUCAGGAAGAUUUUCCACGAAAAUGAGACUGGAGCACAACUUGAGGAUGAUAAAGGAGAAAACUAUGUCAGCCUUCCUGUUACAGGCUUCGAUAACGGUUAGAGAGCUAUAAUUUUUCAUUUUUUUUUUUUAGCAUAGAAGAUGAUAUAUUUCUUUCGUAUUAUUCAAACUAUUCUAACGAUUAUCAUUGUUAUUGGGGGCUGGAUUUCAAGCAAUAGAAAAAAUAUAAACCAAAUGGCUGAUACCUUAAUCUGGUUUUUUUGGUUUUCUUUUAUUAUUAUAUUUGAUUUUUAUUACACAGUUGGGCAUACCAAUGAAAUGUGCCAAUAAACUCGCAGGGUCUUCAAGCCGUGGUAACCUGUCCUUUUUCUCAAUAUUCUUGAAACAUUGAAAUUGUUUCCAUUCUUACAUCUUAGGAUCAGUUGUACUUUGUGUCAUUUAUAAGGAUCUCCAUAAAGUAUUCUUAAAAAACCAGACCGACUCUGCUCCUGUCAAAAAUUUCAGGUUUGCUAAAAACUUAGUAUUGCAUUCAGCAUCAUUUAUAUAAAUAUAUCUAUUUCGGUGUGCUAGUAUGAUAAGAGAGUUUCCCUAGACCUAAAUUUGAAUUACUUUCUUGUUUGUUUUUUGUUUGUUUAUUUCGUCUUGAUUCUCUUUUGUCUUUUGUCGGUCUGUUUGUUUAUUUGAUUGUCUUUUUUUUGUUUGUUUUGUUUUGGUUUUUGUUUUUGUCUUUUUAAUUUUUUUUAAUUGUUUGUUUUUAUUUUUGGAAUUCAACAGUAAUAUCUUGUCUGCAACGAUAUGGCCGAAGAACAACACCUUCAGGAAGAAUAUUACGUUGAGAUUUAGAAACCUAGCGGUAAGUUACGACUAACAAAGAGAGAGCGGCAUCUGAAUUCGUAACUCUGUAAAGGAGUUUGAACAGCGAUGAUAUUUCUCGAAAACUGAGAUUAAAAUUUGGGAAUUAAAACUUCCUUUUGCAUCCCUCUGUUCCAUUUUGGUCUCGCUAUAUUUGUUUUGUUUUGUUUUGUUAUUUUUUUUGUUGGUUUUUUUUUGUUUGUUGUUUCUGUUGUUGUUGUGUAUACUACUGCUUUCGUUUUUUUUUUCUUUUCCUUUUGGGUGAGUGUUUUUGUUUGACUUUUGUUGUUGCGUUUCUUUUUUUCUUUUAUUUUGAUUUGAUCUGAUUUGUUUUAUUUUGUUUUUCCUUACUAUUUCUAUUAUUAUUUUUAAUGUUAUUAUUAUCAUCAUCACUAUUAUGUUUAUUAUUAUCAUCACUAAUAUUAUCAUUAAUGUUAUCAACAUCUUAUUACGUCAAAGUCUUAUUUUUUUUAGGGAGUCUCUUUAAAGAGAGGGGAACUAGAUUAGAAAUGUAUCUAAUGUGAUGGGGAGGGGUUUUAAAAAAAUUCCGGCGAGAGCACUCCUACCUCCACACAAGCCAGCGAGUCGCUGCACUACGUAACAAUAACGGUAUUUUACGGUUUUAGGAUGCACCGAACAGAAGCUGCGUGUUUUGGAACACUUCAAAAAACAGGUAAACAGCUUCAAAUGAAUUGAUUACAUCGUUCACUUUAAAUUAUCAAUUUGCAUAAGGAGUUUGCUUUUGUGCACUGGUACAUCACACUGUGUGGUCACCUCUUACUCCUUCUUUUUCUCCUUCUCAGGCUUCCACGUUCUCAGCAGUCUAUAAAGCCGGCAGUUGCAAUUGUUUUGUUUGUUUUGUUCAUUUCUGACUGUUUUAUGCUGUCAUUCUAGUUGGUCAGGACAAGGGUGUCUCUUAACAUCGAGGAACGAAUCUUACACCGAGUGCAGCUGCAAUCAUUUGACUCACUUUGCAGUUCUUAUGCAGUUUGUCAAGGGAACUAGUAGUAAUGUUUUAACUAAGGUAGGAAUAUUGCUUAGCAUACAUGUACUGAUUUCAGAAGGAACUAAGACCAGACAGCAUUGGCGUGGCACUUUUUCGUACAUCUGCACAGUCCAGGUAGAUGGUGUGCAGCCCUCUUCCGUUACCUGUAUUAAGUCACCGUUUUUGUAUUCAUUUUUAAGACUGACGAAAGAGCGCUGGAAAUUCUUACAUACGUGGGCUUGUCUCUUUCUCUGGUUGGAAUCACUUUAACGAUCAUCAGUUAUGCUGUUCUUACGUAAGUACAUGACAUAGUUCCACGCAAGCAUUCCAAAGGAAGCUGAGAAUAUAGACCAACAAGAAUUUAUAUCAGUUUAAAUGUGUAAAGUUUAGAUUCCUUUAAGCAGCCAAGUCGAAUCAUAAAAAUAUAACCAGGUUUUCUAUAAAAUGAGGAUAGAACUCAUGUGGAAUAAAAUCGGUUGUUUAUUUUUGAUCAGAGACAUGAAGGGACCUUUAUCUCAGACACGAGUGAGUCUAGUCGCUUCACUUGGUGCAGGUCAAAUUAUCUUCCUGGCCGGAAUUGGUGCUGUUGAGAACAAGGUGAGAUAUUGUAUCAAACGAGAAGAGAAGAAUCUCUUUCGGUAAAUCUUAACGACAUUAAUCCAAAUCUUAACUCAACGUUUUCAUUCAUGUGCAGUCUACCUGUGUUAUAGUAGCAGCUUUUGUACAAUAUUUCCUAAUGGCCGCUUUCUGCUGGAUGUUUAUCGAGGGAGUUUAUCUCUACCUGUUUGCUGUCAAAGUUUACAACAUCAACGACAAGAUGAAGAUUUCACAUGGAUUUUCAUGGGGUAACUAUGAAUUAAAAAUCCACUCACUCUUUGAUAAUCUAUGGGAAAGUGAAACAUGAAUUACCAUGUACAUUAACAUCACCAUCAUCAUCUUAGAUAUCAUCAUCAUUUGACUCUGUUGUCACUUCGAAUUUGGAAUCCACAGGUCUACCCGCCGUCGUUGUUUCCAUAUCGCUGGGCAUUGCAGCAGGAACCGGACCGGGGAUUAAAAGCUAUGUCAGCGAAACUUUGUAAGAAGAGAAUUAUAUAUUUCUCGUGUGAUUUCCCUGUCGCUAAUCCUCGUUUUCUGUUGUAUUUCAAUAUUUGUUUGUUUGUUUGUUUUGGUUGAAUCGAUUUAUUGUUGCUGUUUUUGUUUGGUUUGUUGUUUUGUUAUUUCUUUGUUGUUUUUUUCUUACUUGUCAUCAAACCCGACAUGGAGGGUACUGUGUACAUGCAUACACAAAAAAAAAAUUAAUUAAUUGAUAAUUUAAUAAGUUUCGGAUUCUUGAUUUUUAUUCAGCUGCUGGAUGUCAUCCUCUAACGGCAUGAUCUGGAUAUUUGUUGUAUUCGUUGUACUGAUCGAGUUGGUAAGUUGAAUUCUUAUAAUUUAUUCAUUUCUCUCUUUCACGCUUUGCCUUCAGUUAUCAUUGCAUCGUGAGCAUUUUUUUUGCUUGCUGCUUUUUAACCUAGACUCUAUUCAAUAGUUGCCAACGAAAUCUGAAAUAUGUAUGAAAUAUAAAUUUUGCUCGAAGUGACCUUAUUGUAGGGAGAUCCCGUCAGCGGUAACCGCGAAAGAUUUUCAGGUUGAGUAGUCCUGGUUCGAGUCUCGCCCAGGUUGUUGUUUUGUGUUGUUAGGUGAGUCGAAUGACGAGGAGGGGGAAGGUUUAAACUUUUUACGAACAUCCAAUGAGGCCGCUGGGGGAACUUAGCUCAAGUGCAAACUUCUCUUUCCUUUGUAUAGUUAGAUUGUUUUUUGUUUUGUUUUGUUUUCAGUUAAACACAUUGAUACUGGUGCGAGUUAUCAAGGAGAUGACAAACAUGCAGCAUGCCAAAGACAAAAUCAGUGAACAAAUAAGGUAAGCAUUUCAGCGGCGCCAGUGGUAAAUUCAUAUAAGCCAUUAGUCUCUUACUUUGCUGCCUUAUACGAAUAAUGUCAACUCACAUCAAUGGUAAAAACAAAUUAUCUUGAUUAUAAUUUUUUUCUCCGUGAUUUUAUAGACUUGGUGUCAGGGCAUGCGUGUUGUUGAUUCCUUUGCUGGGGAUUACAUGGCUAUUUGGUCUUCUGUCGCCCCUGCACAAAGGGUUUGCCUACAUUUUCACAAUUUUCAACUCCACUCAGGUAAACUGAAUACAUCUUUUAGUGAAAGAAAUCCUUGCUCAUACAGUAUCAACGUAAACGGGCGGUUGGUGGAUUCACCACUGAAUUAUAUUUCUGUGUGAAAAAUGAAUCUUGACAAACAUAAAAGUCAGUGCUCAGAGUGCACCUCCUCUCAAGGUACAAGUUCACCUGGCCCAUGUUUUUCAUGCCAAAUGUCAAACAACUUUCGAAUUAUCCCAUUAAUACAUACUUGUAAAACACACCCUAAAGGGCUGACGAACUUUUAACAGUUACAGCGUUCUUUAGUAAACAGUGUUGAACCCUUUAGCUUCCAAGAUAUCAUUAGUAAUUCUCCCUACUCUCUCCUAUACAAUUCUUCUAAUUUUACUUCCGAGAAUUUGGUAUUGGAUCAGCUAAUAACCCCCUAAUUGAUACUUUCUUGGUUCUCAUCACUUGUCUUCUUGAUUUUGUAUUGUUAUUGUAAGGAGAAAUUCUGUCUUGUUCACUCAUGGGAAUUAAAGGGCUGAACAAGGAAAAAAAGUGUGAAACGAAACCUUAAUAUAACAAAACAUAUAUUAUUUUCUAUCAGUGGUCACAAUUUUGCUUAUUGAAGCAGAGUCGAUUUAGGACAUGACAAGAGAACACCAACGGCCUCGUAAUCAAAUACCUGAGAUGAUAAACGUUUUCUUGAUCUAUUUAUAUUCCUCUCCAUAUUCCUGAAUCGUGUGAAAAGUACCGCAUAAAAGCAAGAAGUUGUACUUUCCCUUCUUUACAAGUUUACCAGGUGGUAAACUUAGUGUAAUACAGAGGCAAAGUAGAGAACCUGUGAUUAAUAGCAAUAAAGGUUUGGACAUUUUUGCUGCCCAACAAUAUUUAAUACUGUGAGGUUUAAGGUCAGGGGAGCUUGUAUGAAAGCACUUCGAAUCUAAAAAGGCGUUUAUGUGAUUUCCCGCGUUGUGAUUUCACAGGGCUUCUUAAUAUUCCUCCUUCACUGCGUGAAAAACUCAGAGGUAUGUUAUCAAAUUUUAUUUUGA